AUGCACUUGGAAGAGGGUGCUUCUGCUCAACCAAUGAGGCUUGAUGGAGUUCAUAGGAGUUCUAAUGUCUUGGGUUACUUUGAUGUAGAUGACAACAAUACCAUCACCCAAACCCUUUUAUCUCAAGCUUUCAGGCAUAAGCAUGGAUCUUCACAGGUCCUCGCAGUUCACCUCAAUUACAUUGCUGUGGGGAUGUCCAAAGGAUCAAUUCUUGUGAUGCCAAGCAGAUACUCUCCACAUCAUGCUGAUAACAUGGAUGCUAAGAUGUUGAUAUUUGGAUCACCAGGAGAUAGAUCUCAUGUCCCUGUAACUUGCUUGAGCUUUAAUCUGCAAGGGGAUAUGCUCUUUGCAGGAUAUGGGGAUGGGCAUUAUACUGUAUGGGAUGUGCAAAAGGCCUCUGUGCUUAAAGUUGUCACUGAACAUAAAGCUCCAGUUGUGCAUCUUUUAUAUUUAGGGCAAGAUUCUCAAGUUACUCGACAGUUUUUUACUGUGCUAAGUGGUGAUACUAAAGGUGUAGUUAACUUAGACCGGUUUGCAGUGUAUUCCUUGUUCAAAACAAUCUCCCUUUCAAAGUCCCAGGAACUGCUAAAUGAAAGCAACAGCACUACAUUAUGUGCUGUGCCACUAAUAUCUGGUGAAAGUUAUGGAGGUGCUACAGUGGCUUCUCAAGAGGGAGGCGGCCCUUCUUUGAUUGAGGAAGGUGUGGUCAUACUUGGCACUCACCAAUCUGCUCUAGUGGCAAAAUUUAGCCCCACAUUUAAAGUUUAUGCUAAAAUUCCACGUCCUGAUGGUGUUAGGGAGGGUUCAAUGCCCUAUGCUGCUUGGAAAUGUAUGGAAUCACAUAUUUCUUUCAGUUUUGCAGAAAGUAUGUCCACUGAAACAUUAGAAAAAGUUUCUCUGCUUGCUAUUGCUUGGGAUCGAAGAGUUCAAGUUGCAAAGCUGGUGAAAUCUGAGCUAAAAGUUUGUUGGAGAUGGACUACGGAUAGCUCAGCAGUUGGGCUGGCAUGGUUGGAUGAACAGAUUUUGGUAAUUUUCACAGCAACUGGACAGCUUUGUUUGUUUUCGAAAGAUGGGAAUUUGAUCCACCAGAGAAGUUUCGCCAUGGAUGGAUCUUGUGGAGAGGAUCUCAUGUCAUACCAUUCCUACUUCAGCAAUGUCUUUGGAAAUCCUGAGAAAGCUCAUCACAACUGUGUAGGUGUUAGGGGGGCAACUUUGUACAUACUUCGGCCAUCCCAGCUUGUUGUUUCACGCCUUCUUUCCUGGAAGGAACGAAUAGAAGUUUUACAUAAAGCAGGUGACUGGAUGAGUGCACUGAACAUGGCAAUGUCUCUUUAUGAUGGUCAGGCACAUGCAGUCAUUGACCUUCCAAAGAACUUGGAUGAUGCGCAGAAGACUCUUAUGCCAUAUCUUGUACAACUGCUGUUUUCAUAUGUAGAUGAGGUAUUCUCCUACAUAGCAGUGACAUCUGGCAACCAACUUGGGCCGUCAGGCCAAUCGAAUGAAUUGAAGUAUGAUGGUAACUUUGUGAAUCCUGAUAUUAAGGAGCAGUACACUCUGGUUGGUGGUGUUUCCGUUGAAUUCUGUCUUCAUAUCAAGAGACUUGAUGUUCUCUUUGAUGAAAUUUUUCCAAAGUAUGUUGCUGUGAAUCACAAGGAUACAUUUUUGGAGCUUCUGGAGCCAUAUAUAUUGAAAGACAUGCUAGGAUCUUUACCACCUGAGAUAAUGCAAGCACUAGUGGAGCACUAUAGCACUAAAGGUUGGUUACGGCGCGUUGAACAGUGUGUUCUCCACAUGGACAUGUUAUCCCUGGAUUUCAAUCAGGUAUUGCUGCACGUUUUAUAUGUUAAAAUUUAUGAUUACUGUUUUACGGCCACACCUGAAGGUUCUCAUUAAUAAGACAUGAGUGCAAAGGACUGUUGUCCUCAAACAGGAGAAAGUUGCAUGAAUGAAAUAAAGCUUCCGCUAUAG